CAAUGGCGGAUGGCAUACGAGACUCGACUCUUGUUGAUUUUCAGGCAUUUACUGGAAUUGAUGACAUCGAGACAUGUGUGGCAAUACUGGAACAGCAUGACUGGAGUCUAGAGACUGCAGUGAACAGCAUCCUCCAGGAUGGAGCAUCUGCAACCAUCAACCCUGUUCCCCCUUGCAAUGCCACAGCUGGGGAGACGACAGAGAUGGCAGACUGUAUCAUGGAUCCAGACGACCACAAUAAGGGGUUUGUGUCCGAUGACCCAGCACUGGUCGUAGGGGUGCUUCGAGCAGCUGGCCCCUCCACAAGUUUUGCAGGACGCAGUAUGACUAGAAUGUUGCACUUCCAGGUGGAAUAUCGGGACAAGAAUAUACCAGUCAUCUUGCCAGACACAGAAACCAUUGGCAAGAUCAAAGAAACGCUGAGUGUUGAACUGGGGAUACCAGUUGACCAACAGGAGUUGAAGGGACUAGUCAAACGAAAAGUUGAAGACAGGACUGUGUUACGAGACCUGCACCUGCCCAAGCAGAACAAGCUCUAUCUGCUGACACCACAGAUCAACAACCCAACGCUCACAAAACCCAAUGCUCCAGUCAGAGAGGAUCCAUGUGAAAUGUUUGACCGGGAGUACACCCUGAACAUCAAGUACAUCGAUGGCAGCAAGUACCAGUAUUUCCCACUCAAGUUUCAAGGGAGUAAAUCAGUCCGAGAGAUCAAGCAGGCAGUGUUUGUGUUGACUGACGUGGCCUCCAGAUUCCAGAUGUGGUCAGGCUGGCCGGACGGCGUCAAGGAUGAGGACCUCUUGGGCAGGACAGGUGUAUGUUAUCCAAAGCAUGAUUUCGAGAUGUACAGGGCCUCAUCUUCUUCUCAGAACAAAUCAAAGAUGACAACUGAGGAAGCUGUGAUGGAGAUUGAUAGCAGUGAUGAGGACACAACCAUGGAGCCCUACACGCUAGAGGAUGACAUCUUCGCCCCGGAAUCGGAACUUCCCCAAAGCAGGAAACAUGAACCACUAAUGCCUGAAUCAGUAAAUGAUGAAACAGAGGCCUUGGAACAUUUUACCAAAGAAUUCAAAGAAAGGUACGGAGACUGCCAUCCUGUGUUCUACAUAGGCUCAUUAGACGAUGCUAUCCGUGAUGCCUUACAAGUGAAAGCUAAAGAUAGAAAGUUAUUUGCCAUCUACCUCCACCACGAGGGAAGCAUCUUCUCCAAUGUCUUCUGCUCCCAGCUGCUGUGUUCAGAAGGCAUUGUCCAUUACCUCAGUAGCAAUUGUUUAACCUGGGCAUGGGAUAUGACGUUUGAAGCCAAUCGGGCAAAGUUAAUCACAGUAGCAACUCGUCACUUCGGUAGCGUAGCAGCCAGUCAGAUUAGGAACUAUAAAACAGACCAGCUUCCAGCACUGUUAUUAAUAACAAGAUCUCGGGCUACCAACGAAGUUGUCGAUGUUAUUCAAGGCCAUGUAACUUUAGAUGAACUAAUGACGCGGUUAAUACAUUCAGUAGAAGUUUUCACAGAACAGCAACAAGCUGACAUGUUAGAAGAGCGUGAGAGAGAGGCGAGAGAACAAAUCAAACUAGAGCAGGAUGAAGCAUAUAAAGAGUCGUUAGCUGCUGACAGGGCCAAGGCGGAGGCCCAGAAGGUUGAGAAGGAGCGGCUGAUGGCAGAGCAGGAGAAGGAGAUGCAGGCCCAGAUGGUGGAGGAGCAGAAGAAGCAGGAGGAGCUAGCUGUCAAAGAGGCUAUCCAAGCUUCCUUAUUAAAGUCAUUACCAGACGAACCUCCCACAACCUGUAAGGAUCCUGUCAGUAGGAUACGUUUCCGUCUCCCAACUGGCGAGGUGACAACACGGCGCUUCCUGGCAUCCGAGACAGUGCAAACACUUCUACAUUAUCUAACAACCACAGGGUUCCACACAGAAGAGUACAAGGUGCUAUCAACUUUCCCUAGGAGAGAUAUUACCCAGCUAGAUCUAAACAUGUCAUUACAAGAAGCCAAACUGUUUCCACAAGAAACACUUAUUCUUGAAGAGAAGUCGUAACGCUCUGCCACUGGUUGCCGGGGAAGUGCAAGGAUGUUUUCGUUGGACUACAUGAGAGCUGUGAUGUUGCUGAAGCUACUUUGACUCUCACAUGGAAGACUCAAGCAAAAAUGAAAAUGAAAAACUUCCUGUUUUGUUCCAUUGUUGAAUGGAAAUGUUUAUUGUUGGUGAUGAAAUAAGACAGAUGUGAAAUUUUAAUUUGAAAACAAAGAAAAUGUAACCCCAAAUGUAAGAUUGUAUGAUCACAAAAUGACUUGUAUUGAGAAAUAGGACAUGAAUGUCCUAGGAAAUGUGUUGUUGCAUCUUGAACACUGAAGAAUUCAUUAACUGGCUGGCAUUGUAAGUGUUCCUUGUUGUUGCAAGUCGGGUCAACUUGGUAUGCUUGUCUACUCACACUUUGAAAGACACUUAUCAGUUUCAAGUGGAUGUCAAGCUUGGCACUGACAAUUUCAACGUACUAAAUCUUGAUUACAUUAAACCAUGUAAUUAUGUUCAUGGUCAUAGUGACAAAUCAUAUAACCAUGAAGUUUACUGGCUGGCGAACAGUUAUGCCGCGUAAAAGUUAUUGCCAAUAUGUCAGCAGUUCCGGUCAAUUACACUGUUAGUAUUUUUUACAUGGUAUUUGACAACAAUAAAGGACAGCAGAAGAAAACUCUUCACGGUAAGUAAAACAAGAGAAACAUUAAAGAUGAAGUUAUGAACCUUAUAAAUUUAGUCAGGGGAAUGUCACGCAAUCUAUAUGAUAGCAAGUUCAAGUUCACAAAAGUCAUUAAUGUGUUAAAUUCCCUAUCAAUCUACUUUCAAAAAAACACCCAACUAGUCACACAAUCAAUUAUUCAAGGUUACUGUGUGAUAUAAAUACAUAUUAUUUCAUGAAUGACAUGAGGAAUUCUGAAAUGGUGAUAUCUGUUACAGUUAGUUGUGAGAAAACAUCUACUUGCACUGCCAUGAUUCCCUUGCGCCGCUAUAAAAACAUGAUCGGCAGCAGUGAACGGGCUGGACACAUCGGUGAAUAGCUAAUUAAGUAUCAUACUUAAUUCUGUUUCAGUAAUUUAACAAACUGCGGAGUAAUUUUGUAAAUACUGCUAAAAUCUGGCGAUAACUGUUCAGCAGCCAGUAACUGUUUGGUUGGCUGUAGAAAAAGUAGUCACAGCAAUGAAAGCCUCCCCUGUUGCAUCCACCACCGAUGAGGUUUACUACUGGCUAAUGUCACAACACACAGGGAAACAUUCUCGUCAGUGUAUCAUUGGUAUCCAGUCUCAACAUGUGUCAGGAACUGACCAAUCCUCCAUAGGUCGCAUCAGCUUGUGUAUCAGACAGUUCCCUAUGUGAAGCAUUCAAAUAUAUGAUAUAUAUAAAGAAAGCCAUUGAUUGACACCCAAAGGAUGCACUAUGAAGGGGAAAGUGGGGUUUUUUUGGUUAUUGUUUUUGAUUAUUCAUGCCAAACUUUGUUUUAGCAUAGCUCUAUUUAACAAACAACUGUGGCGACAAAAGCCUGAAUAGUGUAGCUGAUUGGCACAGAAAUUGACACAUCUUUGAUCAGGAGGUCAAGGCCCAUGUGAAUUGAUGUGACUCUGGAGGACUGGUCAAAUCCUCACACAGAAAUGUAUAGAAACAAUAAGAUUCUGUUGAGAUUGAUUGCUAUCAUACCUAACUCUGUCGUUACAGAAAAAUGUGUUAGUUCCAUGAUACCAGUACUCAGUCCUAGAAAUGUCUCAGAACGUAGCUGGAGGGCCUAUUUGUUGAGGUCAAACUGACUUCAUCAGUGAAAAGCUGAGAUGUAAAACUUCCAACCUGUUAUCUCCUGAUGUGCUGUACUUGAAUAGUGGUGAUGUAGCUUUGUUGGCCCAGUAUCCCAUUGUGUUGUAUAUUUCAUUCAAAGUGGUUUCAUGAAAUAUCUGUUUUUGUUGAAAUAUCUGUAUUUAAUUUUGGCCAUGUAUCAUGUUAAGUGAUGUAAGUCAAGAUGUAGUUCACUGCCCGAGCUCUAUAGUGCAUAUCAUGGUUAAACAAGAGAUACCAUACUUAACACACUAGGAUCCCUGCACUUUAUAAUUGAUUAUGUAAAAUAUUAUAUUGUCAUGUUCAAUAGAACCUGCUAAGUCCAGAAAGGUCAUUCAGGAAGGAGAUUGUCCACAGUUUUGUUGGUUACCUGAGGAGUGACUGUACAGAACCUCCUUUCCUCCUGUGGCCCAAAGUAAGGAGUCAUGGGAUUUCGAACCAAACUAUCCUGGAGUGAAAGCUGAUGGUAACUCUCAUACUCUAACUCCGAUACCGAUAGUCGAGCACUAGGAUCAUAUUGUGCAGGUGGGCCCAGGAAAACAGGCUCUGUUUUAAACAGAUUGAACCACAGUUGCCACCUAUAUAUUAUAUACAAUCUCAGGACCUAUAUCAGUAAGGGAAGAAGUGGAGAAAGUUUUCAUAGGCAAAUGGGAGAAUCUGUGCAACACAGAUACAGCACUUUACCUUGACAAUAACACCUAUAUGAGAUAGAAAUAAUGUCCAGUGUUAUUAUGGGAGUGAAUGAAAUGCUUAACAUGACACAUAUCUAUCUUAUUUCCAUCCUUGUAUGCAGGCAAGAUUUCCUUUAGUUGAUAUAUCUGACACCAGUACACUGACCACAGUCAUGUCAGAACUGGGAGUGCUUGUGAGAGGCUGGGUCAUGUCAGGGACUGGCCAAUACAUCAGGGCCCUGUUUCACAAAGCUAUCGUAGUGCUACGACUGUCGUAACUCCAAUACUGUAACAUAGACUCUCGACAGUCGUAGUGCUACGAUAGCUUUGUGAAACAGGGCCCAGGACUGCAUCUAUUUCUCAUUUCAGCCAAAGUGAAUAUCAUCUGGGUUCUGUGUCACAAGACAAUCAUGGCACUACAUCGAGUAGGACUUUCCUACUUUAACAUAGAUUUAUGAGAGUCACCACACUAUGAUUGCUUUAGAAAACAAGGGCCUGAUCUCUUCCUCUGACGCAAUAUCACUCUGAAGAUCUGAGACACCUCCAAAACGUUAUAUUAGACCCAGUAAGCUUCUGAAUGUUUGGUAUGAGUGAGAAAACAUUCAGAGAAGCAUGUCUUUGUUGUUGUUGGUACAGUCAUACAUGGACUUCUCAAGGCUGAUGUAAACAUGGUCAGGAGUGUCAGUGGUACACUUCUAUUCAUUUCUAGCCCUACAUUUAUUGGCUCUGGUCAGACAACAAAUCAGCGUGUAGAGUUAAUAGCUGAGCAUGUUGAUAAAGCAUGCUAUUAUUGAAACACAGGGGCACUAACAAGGGAUUGAUGGCAAAGAGUGAGUCUGAGAGAGGAACAGUUUUGCAUUUAUUUAUUGAAACUAUUCUGGACAGAUGAAACUGCACUUUUGUUCUUGUUUAAAUGUUGAGUAUUUUCUGUGUUCAUGAAGUAAUUAUAUGAAUAGCUUGAAACUCAUAGUUCUGCUGUUGAAAGUUAAAAGGUUUGUGUUCAUGCAUGUAGUCUCUGAUUAAGUUAUCUCCCUUUGACCUGGAGUCGCUCAUGCAAUUUUGGGGCUGCUACUCUUGUCGGGUAGUUCAUUUCAAUGAUGGGUAUUUCAGUGUCUUGCUUUAUCAUCAGCUCCAAAGAAAUUUAAUUCUUCCAGUCUCAAGAUUCUUUAUGAUAUGGAAAUAUACAUAUAUAUUUCAGAUUUGUUAUGUAGUUCAUUUUUAGCAUAAGUAGUUUUAUUUUAGUGUCUUUCCAACAUAGGUUGUAAGGAGAAUUAAUUCUUUCAAUGUCAAGGUUCUUUAAGGUAAGGAAAUAUACAUAGUUUCGUAGUCAUUAUAGUCAUAGCAAUAUUGUUGAUAGCAGUUUAUAGGUAUUGUUAUGUUUGAAAGUGUUAUUUUGCUGUUGAAUUACAGGCAACGAAUGUGAAAGAUUGCAGUUUUUCUUUGUUGAUAUGAUAUUUUUAUAAAGCCAUUUUGAUUGUGGAAUUCAUGACUGUUUCAGUGUGGAAGAUGUUGGUGUUUGUUUCAGUGUUCUUGUGAUUCAUUUCCAUCUCCACCCAGCCACAGUACCCAGUCCUUUUCAGUGUCUUUACAGCAGUGUUCUGUACUUAGGAUCUGGGGUCUCUGAAUAUAUCAUUAUCUGUGGAUUCCAUUUUGACUUGAUAUUGACUGUCAUUUAGUUCAAAUGUUGUUCGAUAAUCUUCACCCCACUUAAAUCAGUAAAGAAUGUUUAUGUUUUUGGGGGAUGACUGGGUUUUUUUCUUGUGCGAGUUUUGAUUGUUUGUGCAACUCUUUAGAAUAUGAAUGUCAGGAUAUUUUUAAGGGAAGGUUUUUUGUGUCAAGAGUGUAAAUGUCAAAGUGUGUCAGUGUUUUCUAUAUCUUUGUCACAUGUAUUGAAAUUAGGAAACAUAUUUCUGUAAGAUUAUAAAAAUACUUCAUAACUGUUUUUAAAUGUAGUACAGUCAACUUAGUAUUAUUCUGAAAGAAAAGUUUUCUCAAUUUUAUGUAUCAUUUCUAUGUGAAAUGAGUGGUUUAGUGUUUGCUCUGAGUCAGCUGAUGAAGAAGACUGGUCACAGUCAAGUAUUUAUAACACAUGGGCAUUAAUCCAGUUACAUUACUGCCAUGAUCUGUAUGUAUUCUGUCAGUGUGAAGGAGUACUGUUUGAACUAAAGGAUCUGGGUUCAGGUUUUCUGUCAUUGCAAACAGGUAGAAUGUUUUCUUUUAUGAGCAUCCCACAUGAAAUGUGAAACUAAAAACUGAAACAAAUGCAUUAAUGAAUGAGUUCAGAGCAGAACAGCUUUAGAGACAAUAUCAGAAACACUCCUCACAUAUUCUGAUUAAUAACUUUUGUCUCGUCUAACUGCAAAAGAAUUAUCAGUGUGAGAUUAAAGUCUAUUGUGCCAGAGACAUUUUUACAAGAGAGACUGAACUAGAACAACGUGGUGCCCUAUAUGAACCCAAGACAUGUCUUUUGUAAGUGUUAUGAAUAAAUUAAUGCACACAUUCAGUGUUGAAGCAUGAAAGUAUGGGGUCCUUGUCAUAAAGUUAAACGUUUAGGUACUUCAAUUUGAAUAUAUUAGCAGCAAAUCUCAAGGACCCCUUUUAAUUUCAAACAAUGCAUGUGCAUUCAGUUGCAUUCUGAACAUAAGGGCAGCAUGUUGCUGUAGUCUGUAUAGGUGUCGGACUCCUAGCAUGGAUAUCUGUCAGCCAUAGGAGGCAAUACUUGGGGAAACAACCACCAUUGGAUAAAUACCAGAUCUGUUUUAAACAUGUAGGUGAUAUGAUUGAACAGAUGCACACCCAUCAUCACUCCAGUUUGUGAGUUCCAUGGAACAUAUACUCUCACAUGAUGAAGACAGCUGAAGAAGACUUUACAAGACACAUCUAAAGUUGUGUGUUGCCUGCAGGUUUUGUGUGGUCAGUGGUACCAUGUUGAUAUUGUGUAUAUACGGCCCUGUUGGGAGAGUAAUAAAUGACUGUGUAUUGUUCUUGUGGGAAACACUCCUCUGCUUGUACAGCUGUGUAUUUAAGUGCAUUGUGAAAACUCCAUCUUGUAGAAUAUUGAAGUGAUGAUAACAUGUUACUAUGGAGACCUAUGCUGGCACACAACAUUAAAAACUGUUUUAUAAAACU